CUUCAAAGACCCUCAGCAAACAAGAGAGUUUUCAGUCUCAUUGUGUUCAGACUCUUUUGCCAAACAAGAUGCUGCGGAGAAUCGUCCUGAUCACCCUGCUGACAUCCUCAGUUUGUGCCCUUCACUGGGAAAUGCACAAAGAAGAUUCCAUUGGAAAUGAAUUUGAAGAAAGCUCUGGUGAGAUAGAAACAGAACAACUCCCUGGAAAGUGCUGGGCUUGCAAGUGGGUGAUGAAGAAACUGAAAAAACAGAUCUCCAACGGAGCAACUCCGGACGACAUUAAAAAUAAGCUGGGGGUGGUCUGUGAUGAGAUCGGCUUCCUAAAGUCAAUGUGUAGGAAGUUAGUGAACCAGUACAUGGACACUCUGGUUGAAGAACUUUCAACUACUGAUGAUGCCAGAACCAUCUGUGCUAACAUUGGUGUUUGCAAGAAAUAGGCAUGGAGUUAAUGAGCUUAUAACAUUUUAAGAAUCAUAUUUGAUGAAUUUAAUAAAUGCAUUAGCCAUAAUGAGCUUUUCAAACAGCUUUUUGUGUGAGAUACAGCAAGAUCUGCUACUGCAAGAUUAUGAUGUGACAACAUGUAGCUAUACGAUAAAAUAAACAAUUUUGACAGGAAAAACAAUGUCAACAUUUUUUCAUUGUUCUGAGUAAAUUUGAAAUCAACCCCAUAAUAUAAUCUGGCAAUAUAUACUGUACAAGCACUUUCCUUUUUCACAACAAUAUAAUUGGUUACUUGUCAAAAACUGAAUGUAAUGUAAAUUACCCAUUUACCCAUAGCAAUUUUUGAGAUGCUCAGAAAGAAAUAGCUUAUGUCUGAAUUGUCAGUAAACCUAGAGGGAAUGUACCAUCAAAUUUCCUUUUGAGUUUGAACAUCAUGAGUCAAGUUAAUCACUGUUUUGUGGUUUGAACCUACAACCAUUCUGUUAUCAGUGUAGAUCUUUACCAAUAAAACCACUGGCUGGAUACAAAAGCAAAAUUCACAAAAAAUUGACAAUUUAUUUAUCCAAGCUGACAAGACACUGGCGAUUAAACCUGGGUGGUAUGAAGGUAAAUGAAUGGCAAAAAGAUUUUUUAUAUGCAAGGUAGAGUUGUGGAAAUGUACAUAAAACUGUAAGCUUAAAUUAAAUUUGCAUGCACAAGAGAAGCUUUGUAAAGGUGUAAAUCGUGUUUCAAGUGUAAGAAAAAUUAUAUGCAGCAUUUUACUGUUACUCAUAAGUGUAAUUCAAGUUUGG